AUGAUGAAGAAGAAAACAGUGGUAUUAGAUUUGGAUCGCACACUUGUUUAUGCGAGCAAUAGCUAUUUUGCACACUCAAAAAAAUACGAUUUCAUUAUUACGAUAGGAUGUUUUCAACGUUGGUAUGUACAGAAAAGGCCUCACGUGGACAGACUACUGAAGGAAAUGGCCAAAGAUUAUGAAAUCAUUGUUUUCACUUCAUCCACCAAAGAUUACGCAGAUGCUAUUCUGGAUAAACUUGAUGUGAAUAAUGUGAUAGGGGUUCGAAUGUACAGGGAUUCAUGCACCAAAAUGGGAAGGGCAUAUGUGAAAGAUCUUGCUAAGCUUAGAAAAGAUCUGAAAAAUGUCAUUAUAAUUGAUGAUAAUACUGUGAGUUAUAAACUUCAACCAGAGAAUGCAUUUCCAGUGAAGGCUUUUACUGGUGAUUUAUCAGACAAGCAGCUUUUGGAAGUCAUAGAUUUUUGUGACAAAGCAGUAAACUAUACAGAUAUGAGAGACGCCAUAUGGAAGCACAGGAUUGCAUGA